UUCCCUCACAAAUUCAGCGGAUCCAAAAUUCAAAAACCACAUUUUCGAUCCAAAUCUUCCCGCUUCUCCUUCCAGAUUCCAAUUUGAAGCAAAAAUGUCGGGCCGCGGCAAAGGAGGCAAGGGGCUGGGUAAAGGAGGAGCCAAGCGGCACAGGAAGGUCCUCCGCGACAACAUCCAGGGGAUCACCAAGCCUGCCAUCCGCCGCCUGGCUCGCCGAGGCGGCGUCAAGCGGAUCAGCGGCCUCAUCUACGAGGAGACGCGCGGCGUCCUGAAGAUCUUCCUGGAGAACGUGAUCCGCGACGCCGUCACCUACACGGAGCACGCUCGCCGGAAGACCGUCACCGCCAUGGACGUCGUCUACGCGCUCAAGAGGCAGGGCAGGACCUUGUACGGCUUCGGCGGCUGAGCUGUUUAGGGAUUUUGCAACUUCUCUAAUCCUUGUGUGUCCUGUUUUGUUCAUAUUCCGAGGUUCUAGGUUUCCGAUUUAGGGUUUCGAUGGAUGCCUGUUAUUUUGUAACAGCAAGCUUUGUCUAAUGAAAGAAGGAUUUCCUA